CCUUGGCGCAGACAUGCUGUGCCCCGCGCGUUGCUCUUGCUUCCUUUGCCGCGAACUACAGUCCUGUCACGCCGCCGACGCCCGUAAACCUCCCAACAAAAUGUGCGACAAUUUUAUCCUUAAAAAGGCUGAGGCAUGGGAGCCCAUGAAAUUCAUCCGCGGAGCCGCUCGCCUCUCCGUAAGGCAUUGGCAAAAUAGAGAACCUAUUAAUCCGUCUAAAAACCGCAUUACCACCCAUAAGUCCACCAGUUGUGAACAGCUGUACCCCCACCCUUCGGAAGACGAUUCAGGUCCGUUCGGGAUGCGCAGAGCACCCAGCACGGACAGAGUUAAACCUGAGAGUAAACCACUUUUUAAGAUACUUGGAAAUUCCCGGCUUAAGAAAAAUAACAGCAACGAUGUCACAGAAUGUAAAGCUCGUCGUAGCGUUCUGAAUUUCAGAAAAAAUGAAGCACCGAACGUCAAAAAUAUCCACGAAAAAUAUAUUCCGUUACCAUUAGCGUCUUCACCCGAGGAACAUAUUUACAGUGAACCUAGACCCUGGAAUUCACAAUUUGAUGAUUGUUGUCGACCACCUGUGUAUCAAAGUGUAGAGAAGAAAAAAGAUGAAUCAAAAGGUUCGGUAUCAGAGAAGAAAAUUUACAGCAACCGACCGCCCUGUUAUGAGGAACUAGCUCAGAGAUUAUCCCAAGAAAAGAACAAAAAAAGUAAUUUGCCAAUUUCUGAAAAUGGCCUAGCGAAUAAGAUAACACAGAAUAAUAACAAGGUGGUUAUAUAUUUCGGAGAUUCUAUUAUUCGAAAACACAAUGAACAAAAGAAGGAAGACCCUAAGAAGGAAGAACCACCGGCAAAAGAAGAAGCGAUUUAUGCAAAUCGUCUUCUAGAUGAAACCGGGAAUCUAGGGCUUAGCAGAGAAGUGGAUAAAGGUGGGACAAAACUAGUUUCUGAAGUGGAAGUUCCAGAAGCUAUCUAUGCUGAAGUUAGAUCAGAAGGUAGUAAGGAUACUUCUGAAGUGGUAACAGUUAAUGAUGCAACUUAUAAAAAGGAUAUCUUCGGGACUAUAAGUUCCGACGGAUUUCUCGUAGUUGAGUUUGAAGGUAAUUUUGAAAGAGCUCGUCAGUUAGUGGAACUAGUGCAUUCGGGAGGUGGUACCGAUCAUCAUGAAGCCACAGUGCUGGAUGAAGAUGAUCACUUCGAUUGGAGUUUCAUCCAAGACUGGAGGAAACGACCUUCAAGUGGCUGCCGGCCGUCUGAAGAAGGCGCAUGGUGCGGCGGAGUCGGCGUGACAGGUGCGCGGGCGCUUCGUGUGCGAGUGUCAAGUGGUGCGGCGCCCGCGCCCGCUCCAGCGCACGCACGUCGCCUGUCGCCACCGCCGCAUGCGCACCGUGCUACUACGCCGCCUAGACCGACCUCGCCUAACAAUAAACCCCAUCAAGAAGAUCCAGCACCUACAUCUCCAGAAACUCCAGGCACAGCCCAGCUGAAGCCCGUGAGUGCUGUAUCCCAACUGACAGUCGCAAGCGCACCGGUACGAAGUGCGCCUGCGCAAAGCAGCUACGCUUUAGAACGUCGAGCGCCUAAACAUGACCACCAUCACCGACCAGUGGACACAGUACCACCGGUGCAGAAUGGUGUUCGUGAAUGCAAUAGCAGUUCCGACGAGAACAGAUCGUCAGGACAUGCUUCCAUGUCUGACAGCGGUGGCGGAGGAGAAGCGGGAAGAGAUGAGCCGAGGAGAUCACGGCAACCGCCUCACACUAGAACCAAACAUCGACCACAUAAUAAGCUUCAAUCACCAUGGCCAGGAGGUGGCGGAUUGGAAGAUAUCAGGUCAGCAAUCAAGCAGUUGACGCUACGAUCUCGAGAUAGCAGUAGCACUGCCACCAGUGGCGCAUCCAGUGCUGGUGGAGGCAGCAACAAUGGUGCACCUGAGAAUGGCAGCGCAGCGGAAGCUCGCAGGAGACGAGCGCCUCUGGUCCGCCAACCCUCACUGGAUACCGUUUGCACCAAUGUGACCAGUGCUGACGAAUUUGUUUGGGUGGACUCACAUAAUAGGCUGGUAGAACUUCGUUGCGUUCCUUGGACAGCCGGGGAAAUAAGUCGGGCUCUUCAAGGUGGACGGUGUCGGGAGAUUGCCCCAAAAAUGGCACCUGAUGCACCGCCUAGACUUGCUUAUUUAUUGCAGAGGGCAUUAGUACGAAUAGCGCGAGAAGCUCAGCGUUUGUCGCAAAACUUUGGAUUUUGCUCAAAACACGAGGUAGCAGGAGCAUUCAGGAUAGUACUGAGCACACCCCUAGCUGAUGCUUGCAUCAAGGGAUGUCAACGAGCAGCCACAAUGUACGCGACUUCGGGCAGCGCGGCAAGAAGAUUGGGAUCAGCAGCUCGAGCACGAACUAGUUUAGCGCCUGGACGCUUCCAGAGAUGGAUGCUGGAUGUUCGUGUUGCUUCUUUCGUCCAUGAAUAUGCUGCAAUUUAUCUCUGCGCUGGGAUGGAAACCCUUCUUGAAGAGAUAGCUCUCAUAGCCAGCAGCAGCUCUACAAACGCUCCAAUUACACCAGCUACCAUUGAUUUAGCAGUUGCUAACUGCGCUGAUCUUUGGGGACUAUUGCAACCUUACAGCCACUUGAACGCUGGUCGAAUAGCUUCAGGCGCAUUGUCACUAUCUCAAUGGGAAUCAAUGAGUUCACUUGGAUCCGGCUCAUCAUCAGGUAUAUCACGACCGGAACAUAGACAAUUAGGACUGAGUCACGACUCCGGCAUCACAACUAAUGGAUCUGGCGGAUCAGGCACAUCAGCAGGGUCUAACAACAGUUCAGGUGGAUCGAGCACCUCGGUAUUGUUAACUACUUGUGCGGGUUCAGCUGCAGAGCUUCGAUGUGUUUUGCGUCGCGUGAAUCCACGACAUCCACCUUUAUCACCAUCUGCAGAACGGGCUUUAUACUACUUUAUGCGAUGUGAACAGUUGGAACACAAUACCAGCACAUCAGGCAGUUGCGUGAAUGGCGCAGGCUUGUGGGGUGAGCGAGGUGCAGGAGCAUUGCCACCUCUUGGUGAAUGGGUCAGGGUAAUUAGAGCUCAUGCGAGCUUGAGACCACCACCUGGAGUUCCAGAUGCCGAUGAUGUCAUGCAGGCUGCAAGAUUGUUAUUGCCUCAUGCAGAUUGCCCACCUAGACCAGUCUCCCUUGAAGAAGCAAUAGAGCCUGCAUGGUCACGUUGUACUCGAAACCCUGAUGAACUAAGUAGAGCUGCAUUAGGUCUAGCCCAAAGGGCACUACUCAGUGGAAGACCAGAUCUAGUAGGGGGAGUCAGAUCACUAUUACCUUCAACGGGAUUGGAUGCCGCUGAUGCGUCUGGGCUAACAGCACUAAUGAAAGCAGCUCUUGCUGGAGAUGAUCAAAUAGUGGCUAUGUUGCUAGAAGCAGGUUCGGAUCCAAAUGCCGAAACUCCCGGCGCGGCUGCUCAACAUAGUGCGUUACUAUCUCCGCGUUCACCUUCAAAUCCGACGCAUUCGCCUGCAGCUCAACAGGUCACACCAACCUACACUCCACCGACAGCUGGUUGGACAGCAUUAGUAUACGCAUGCGCAGGCGCCGGGAGCGGUGCUGGUGCUGCUGGGGGAGGAGCUACCGCAGCUGGCGCCAUCGAAUGCGCGCGCCGGUUACUUGCAGCAGGCGCCCGCCUCGAUGGCGCUCCCGCGAGAGGCGAGGAUGUCUGCACGCUUACGCCUCUGCAGGUGGCAUGCGGAGUCGGCAACCUAGAACUUGUACAGCUAUUGCUGUCGCAUGGUGCAGACCCAUUCUUAUCGACGCAACUCAACGACGCGCUCUGUUACUCUGCAGCGGCACAAUAUGGCUGUUACAGCGCGGUAGCAGUCUGUUGCACGCACGGAAGACGCGCGUGCCUCCGCGCGGCUGUCCGCGGUGGCGCGAAGGGCGCGGGUGCAGGCGCCGUGUUAUCCCUGGAGGAAGUACUCGCUGAGGGAGCCUCUAGUGGCGCCGCUCCUCGCCCCGCCUUCACCAAGCAGCAGCAGCGAGCCCUGCAAGACGCUAUGUAUUACGCCGCGGAGACUGAUCAUCUAGAUAUAACACUUGAAUUGCGUGCACUGGGCGUUCCAUGGUCGUUACAUGCGUGGACGCUAUCAUUGGCUGCAGCAGCGGAUGCAUCACUAGACCACGUUAUUGACCAACUGCUGCAAGACUUUUUGCAGGUCUGCCCAUCAGACGACAGCCACUACAGCAAACAGUUUAUAUACGAGUGUCUUCCCCUGCUUUUCAACAUUUUACGAUACAGCAAGAAGGAAGGCACCGUGUUACUUCUAGCAGACAUUCUUUGUGCGUGCUACGGCUGGGAGCCAGUUCCCGGAGUAGUGGAGCCACCACCAUCCGCGGCACCUACACCAGCAAGAGUUGACCCCUCGUAUGUCAAUAAUCCUUCACUGGCUGAUGUAACCUUCAGGGUGGAAGGACGCUUAUUCUACGGGCAUAAGAUUGUCCUGGUAUCAGAGUCGCCACGUCUACGUGCUAUGCUAGCGCCACCAAGAGCACCAAGUGAAGGCCUGGCACCUGCGAAUACUACACCUCCGCUUGUACAGAUAAACGACAUACGAUAUCACAUAUUUGAGCAAGUAAUGAAGUACCUUUACUCCGGUGGCUGCUCAAACUUAGAUAUUCCUGAAUCGGACGUUCUGGAAGUGCUAGCAGCAGCGUCAUUCUUCCAGCUACUGCCGCUCCAAAGACACUGUGAAGCCCGUGCUGCCAAGACCGUUGACUUACACAACCUCGUGUCGGUGUACAUUCACGCUAAGGUAUAUGGGGCUACGCAGCUAUUGGAGUAUUGUCAAGGAUUUCUCUUGCAAAAUAUGGUAGCUCUUCUAACAUAUGAUGACUCUGUGAAACGUUUGCUCUUUGGAAAGCGAUUACCUGGCCACAACGUUCUCGGUGCUUUACUGAAUACUUUACAAAAACGCAUAGAAACGAGGAAAAAUCAAGCUAAAACUAGAUAGCGUUAUGGUUUUUAUUUUUCGAAAGAACAGUAAAAUAAUGUAUAAUUCAUAGCUGAGAUAUUUUUAAACAUAAGAAGAUGCUUAGUUUAGAGAUAAUUUAAAUAAUUACAGUUACUAAAUCUUGUAUCCACUCCUUACUUAUUUAUAUCCUUUCGUAUUCAAAAUGUAUAGGUGCGUAUGAAUCUCCGUUGUGCAGUCUUCCAAAUUAAUUUCAAUGAUAAACUUUUGUGACUUUAAUUUUGGCUAUAAAAUAUUAUUAUUAUUUAACUGCAAUUACUGAUACUGAACAGGUGUUUGUAUAAUAAGUAGUAAAUUAAGAAAAAGUACAAUAAAUAUAGAUAUUUUUAUGUA